AUGUCUUGCGGUGGCGGCGUGAGAGAACAUGGCGUCAUGUCAUGCGGUGGCGGCGUGAGAGAACAUUGCGUCAUGUCAUGCGGUGGCGGCAUGAGAGAACAUGGCGUCAUGUCUUGCGGUGGCGGCGUGAGAGAACAUGGCGUCUUGUCAUGCGGUGGCGGCGCGAGAGAACAUGGCGUCAUGUCAUGCGGUGGUGGCAUGAGAGAACAUGGCGUCAUGUCUUGCGGUGGCGGCGUGAGAGAACAUGGCGUCAUGUCAUGCGGUGGCGGCGUGAGAGAACAUCGCGUCAUGUCAUACGAAGAUGUAAAGAGCGGCAGAGGGAAACAGGAGAUGGGCAGCACUCCAAGUGUUCAACAAAAAGCUAUACACAUACAGCACAGGAUAAUGUGUGCACACGCCCUUAACAUGCUGAUCAGCGAACUGGAUAUUGAGACAUGCAAGGAGCGCCACAUCCGACGGACUGACCGACCGACUCAACGCACGCGCAGUUCGCCCGCUAAUACUUCACGCUAUAGACACAGGAUGGGUGAGCUAAAGCAGUACAAGCGCGCGGACGUCGCGUCCUGCACUGGACGGAACAACAGCCCCGUGUGGAUAAUCUAUAAGGACUCCGUAUAUGACGUCACCAGUUAUAUCAGCCAGCAUCCCGGUGGAGACGUGUUACUAGAAAAUGCCGGUAAGGACGCCACGAAUCCAUUCAACGACGUCGGCCACUCGUCCGACGCCAGAGCAAUUUUAGACAAGUUCAAAAUUGGAGAAAUUGUUGAGGAAGAGAAAAUUUACGACGAAAGCGGUAAAAAGAAAAAGCGGGUGAUCGCUGCGCAACCCGAAACCGAUACCAGAAGUUGUUUGAAUAAAUGUACCUGUGGGCUACUCGGAUAG